AUGUCGUGCUAUCCGGCGUCGCGCCCGCCUCCACUGGACGGCAAGGCGCUCUCAACAACAUCUCCGACUGCUCUCUCUCCAAGUUGCAGAGAAGACGACCGAGUGCAAAUUGAGAUUCGCCUGCCUCUUCCCCUGUGCGCCUCUUCGCCUCGCCCCGGCCCCAACGACCGACGCCUCCACUGCGCGGCAACGGUCCCUCGUCUCCUCCUCAAUGGGCAGCCCGGGCCGGGGCCGCUUGCCCGCCUCCCAGAGGAGACACGGUCGCCUCAGAGCGCCGGCUGGAGCGGCCGCGGAGAGAGGAGGGACGGCGUGGAGGACCGAGAGGGGACUUCGAACGGCGAGGUGAUUGGGAGCCGGCGACCUUCUUUGGUGGCGGACCACGAAAAUAACUCACCACACGCGGCACUGCAAAGAGCGCUGGAUAAGCAGAGAGAAGGAAUCAAAGCUCUAGUAGCGCACCAACAACUGCUGCGCCAGGCGCUCCUGACCGCCCACCGGUCGCCGCGGGGGGCCACCGCGACUCCGACCGCGCCCGAAGAGACAGGGCCUGGAGCCCGAGCCCAAGGGACAGGGCCUGGAGCCCGAACCCAAGGGAAAAGGCAGGGAGACGCUCCAUCCGCUCAGUCGCUCUCCUGUGGACCAGCAUCCUGUCACCCCGCUGCCGUCUCUGCCUCAUCUCCUUCUCCUCUUCCGUCGUCACGCCGCCGUUCUUCGUCUUCGGCUUUUGCUGUUCCGCAGCCGCCCCACUCCUCUGUGCCAUCUCCAAAAGCGCGCGACCCCCCGCCUUCGUGCUCGUCGAGUGUUCCGCCUGCCUCCUGCAACAAUUUUCGUUCGUCUUCCGCUGCUUCUUCCUCUGCGUGUCCUCCUUCGUCUUCCUCUCCCGACAAUUUUUCUUUUCUCUCUGCGUGUCCCGGUCUCCUCGAGACCGGCUCUGGUGCGGCCUCAGGCGCAUGGCGAGAAGGUGACAAUGGAAGAAAAGAGGGAGCCGGAAGGGGCUCGGAUCCGCCGCCGGCGUGGGCGGAGUGUAUUCAAGAGGCACAGAAGCAGCAACAGCUCUUUUUGUUGGAACUUCUGAAACAGCAUCAGAAGCUUCAGAAGCAGCUCGAGCUCCUUCAGCGUCCCCAGAAAAACGAUGUCCUCAUGGGAGACCAGCGCGCCUCUCCUGACCCAUCGUCGUGCCACCUGCUGUCUUCCGUUCCUUCGCUCUCCCCCGGCCCUUCGCCCGCUUCGUCGGCGUUGCGAGCUGUCUCUUCCGCUUCGCCCCUUCCUCGAAAAAUGCCCUCUGCUUCCUCCGGUCGUCAGGACUCUGGCUUUGCGUACUCUGCCGCCCCCCGCGCCUUUCCAGCCAGCCGACCUCUGGCGGACCAGUCGGCUGCUCCUGCGGUCUGGUCGCCCCCCUCUGAUCCCCCUGCUGUCAGAGCAUCUUCUCCUCUGUCGCCUCAGGCGCGAGCUCCGAGCGGCGCUGUCCCACGCGCGUAUCUCUCGCGGUCGCCUCCAGGCGGACCACGGCUCGAGGGGCGUGAGAGCACGGGGAUGCUGACACGGCGUGAAGAGGCGCAGCCUCCGUUGCCAGAUGCUUGGAGUGUCUCGCUUCCAGGCGACCGCGAAGGCGCGCGAACACAGAACGCGGGCGAGCGAGAAUGGGAAGGAGACACGCGGCUGGAGAAGGAGCGGCGUGACGCGUCGAAGCUGUCGAGAGAGAGAAGCGGUUCAAGCGCUCUCGAGCCGCGAAUGCCGUCGCUUUCUUCAGAUGCGCGUCUUGAUGAUUCCGGCGUCGACAGGCCGCUGCCGCAGACGUCUCCAGCCAGCGCGCUCUUCCGUGGAGGCGUCGCUUUGCGCUCGCCCACCACAGGCGCCAGUCGCCUCCAGGCCCCGUUCAGCAACAGUAAAGGGCUCCUAUUCGGCAGAGAAUCAAAGUCUCCUGCAGUCCUCCGCCGACCACAAAUCACAAAUCAAGUCGGGAGUCCUCUUCCUUCUCCGUCGUCUCCCUCUGCCCUGAUGCCUUCCUGGUCUCGCCCGUCUGCUGCCUCCCCUAGUUCUUCUCCCUGUGCUCCUUCUGCUUCUCUUGCGCCCGCAUCCACAAGCGGCCCUUCGCUGCCGCAGCGAUGCGGCGAAGAAGGGCUGCGACGGACUCCCAUUUUGCCUCUGAGCCCUGUGGCAGCCGAUCGGGCUGGGCAGACUGCGCAGAGGAAGGCUCUUCCGGGGGGGCACAAGCUCCUGCAGCUUCAACUUCAGUAUCUCCAGAGACAGAUGGACAACCACGCACAAGAGAAAGGGGAUUCCGCGGCGCGCGACCUCACACACUUCACCACGGCGGCCCCUGCCCUCGCAGAGGAGCGGAUGAAGCUCGCGCUCGUCUGGGCUCCAUGUUCAUCUUUUUCAUCCGUCGCUUCCCACUUCCCUCGGUCUCCCUGCGUGCAUGCCCCUGACGCACCUCUCACCGCGUCGGCAGCCGCCGCUCCCUGCAACGCCUCGCACUCGCUGUCGUGCUCGUGCUCCGCGCCUCUGUGUCUCUCUCCUUGCUGUGCGGCGGCUGGCGGGGGAAGCUUGCGGCUCUCGGGGGUCCCGAAGGCGCGGGAAGAGAACGCCGUCGGCGCGCACACUCCGGGCUGCUGCGCGCGGACCCAGGGACGCGAGAGCGCCUGUCGCAUCCACGGGGCAGAGGGCGACUCCAAAGGCAACUUCAGCGAGGCCCCGCCGCUCGUGGCGCUGCCCGCAUGCACAUGUACAGGCGCCCGGCUCGUCAGCCGUCGCUCCGCGGGUGCGCGGGGCGUCGAGGGCGCGUCUCCGCUGUCCAACGCCGUCUGUUCUUCCCCAUCGUCUCCUUCGUGCAGCCACACACUCGCUGGCUCAGGCCAGAACUACCCCUGCGCGCAGGCGCCCGCCUCGCACGGCAGCCCAAAUCCCAGUCCUUCUCCGCCCUCGCUCUCGCCUCCGGGUCCCGCUCCUUCGUCCUCCUCCUCUUCCUCUGCGUCUGCCUCCGCCUCUGCGGCGUCAGCCUCUCCGUCGUUUUUUCCUCUGUCUCCUAUGCGGCCAUCGCCGAAGCAGCCUGCGAAGCCGCCUCCACGGGCCGUGAACCACGACGAGCAGAUCGUCCCGAGCGUGCUGCGGAAGCUGCGCGAGCAGGCCGCGGCGAUGGAGGCCUCGCACUCGACCCUGGAGGAGACCUUUCCGCCCCUGCUCGGCGGCCGAUGCUGGUGGGAGGCGGACAAGGAGGCCCGUGCCCACCGGCGGGAGACGCAGAAAAAACGAACUGCCCAGACGGGACUCACUGGCGCUUCACGGCGACGACAGGCUGAGUGCUCCGCAGUCGCUUCAUCGGCGGGAGGCAGCGCACACGCGGCUGGUGGAGGGGCGGAGGGACGCGAGGCCCCGACGCCUCCCGCAGAGUCCCCAGAAGGCCUUCAACAUUCGAUGGCGAUCGCGCGCGAUGGCUUUGCUCAGGUCGACUCAGGUCCUGCGUGCUCGCCCGCGAAGAAACCCUGCAGAACCGCAUUCCUGCGCUGUCGGCGAGAGCGGCGCGUGGAUCAGAGAGAACUCGCGGCUCGCGGAGCUCCGGACCUCUCACGAGUCAAAAGUCGAGUGAAAGCGUGUUGGGACGCCGAGGCGGCGGACGACGACACUCGGGGUGUGACUCAGAAGCGCGUAGGAAGAGACGACUUGCAGCUGCAGGGACGCGAAAGAGAUGCGCCUGCGAGGAGGCGGACACGAAGGGAAACGAGCAGCAGGUCUUCGGUAAAGCCCCGUACCGCUGCGGAGCCGGCCGCGGUGCGGAGGCCCGCUGGGUCAGGGGCGCGGAGCCCCGAAAGGACUCUUCCUGCCUCGCGUUUACUUUCUGAUUCCACCGCGUUUGCGCGUCAUCCUUCGCCGGCGCGCUCUCUCGCAGCCCCUCUGACGUCUUCCGGUUGGGCUCCCUCGUCUGCGGCGGCCUCUGUGCCGCCGCGUGCUGUCGCCGCCUGUCCUCUCCGCAGUCCGCCCAUCGCGAGCGGCCGACCGCGGCUUCCUGAGCCGCCGCUGGCAGUCCUUCCCAGCCGCCUGAGGAGCUUCGAGGAUGAGGCACUGGGCGCCGACGCGGGUGCAGGUGCGGCGCGUGGAGAGUCCAGCGAGGCACAGCCUCCGGUCUGUCUCCAGGAACCAGAGGCCUGCUGCCCUUCCGCGCCUCUCCUGGCGUCGGCGUCUGCGGCUGCGCCCGACGAGAGACAGCUCGACGUUGAACGAGAGGACAAAGGAGACUCGCAGCACCUCGGUGUCAGUUUGCCUCCCCCUCGUCAUCUACAUCGACGAGCGAGCGCCUGCCUGGAGAGGAAGUGCAGACAGAGCGCAGCGUAUGCGGAUCUGCGCGUGCGGCCGCGCGCCAAGGAGACGAAGACAACGGGCGAGGGGCGAGGCGACGAAGACGCCGUCCCAAAGCAAGAAGACCGCGCAGCCUGCUCGCACGGCGUCACGCAGACUGGGAAGUGCACAGAGCAAGCGGCAGCUCUUCAGCGAGAAGGGACUGUGCGGGUGGAGAGUUGCCAGUACGGCGCAGAGAGCACAACGGCUGUGGAGGGCGAGCAGAGCUACGCAGGGGAGGAGCCGGAAGGCUGCUGCGAAGACGCGGAGGACCGUUUUGCCGAUAGCGCUGGCGACUGGCGCAACUACGAAGAAGAGAGAUGCAAGGUCGUCCCGCGCGAGAGACAGAAAGCUCCAGAUUAUGACGGAGAAGAGAUUCAUGCCGGCGCUGUGGAAGGGCAAGCGUUUGAAGCGACAGACGGGGGCGAGCCAGACCAAGGUCACAAGCAAGAUGACGCAGACUGCAGCGCGUCUGAAGCGAGUUCUUACUUCACCGCUGAAACAGAGAGCCUCAUUCGACGGGUCGCGGCUCAGGCGCGCGCAGUCAAAGACGCAAAACUCCGCAGACGACGUGUCUCUGCGCGAGACGGGGUGCAGAGGGUACCCUUUAUUUCUGAGACCUCGCCGUUUUUCCGCGCGCAGCUCGCGCGCCUCGAGAACGACGAGACGGACGCGCUUUACGUGACUACCAUGUGCGACCUGCUGAGGCGCUACGAGGAGCUUACCAACGUGGGCUAG